CGGACGGCUCCCGAGGAGGAGUCCCCAGCCCGGGCAGGAGCUCUCAGCCCCUCCUCGCAACAGGGCCGGGCAAGGCGCCUGCCCCCAUCGCCUGCCCCAUGCAAAGCCCCGGGAGGGACCGGCCGAGGCUGCUGCUUCCGAGGAGACCCGACGAGGAUGGGCAAAGCGGAGAUUGCAAUGGUAGGGAGGCGAGGCAGGGAGGUCGGGGGUGCAAGGGGUGGGGGGCGCGCAGAUGUACAAAAUAGACCGGCUUGCUCCUGGAAGAAGAGGGGAUUUCGUAAAGGGCACCUUUUCCCACGCCUGCGCUUCACCUGCAGAAUUUCCUCUUUCCCCCCAGCUCUUGAACCCAAGCCCCGCUGCAUUCUCCUCCUUCCACUGCUCUCCAGAUAGAUACUCCCCCCUCUUAUCACGCUUUAAUCGUCGGGGGUUAAAGGCUGCCUGAAAAGCAGCCGAUCCGCAAGGCAGUUAAGCCGCCGCUUAAGGGAGCCCAGGGCGCGUGCCCGCGGGUCUUCGGGUGCCGCGCCGCGUUGGAGCUGAUCCUGAACGGGGCUUUGCAGCGGAGGGAAGCCUCCAGGGCUGCAACCUGAGACGGGAGGGGUUGCAAGACCCUAUGCCCAUUGAAGUCAACGCGGCUUUGCACAAAUCUAGGACUGCUGCUCUGGAAGCCACAGCAAAGGCUGGUACCCUCUCGCCAUCUUCCCCCCAAUGCCAACUGCAGAGAAAGUGUUGCACGGCGCAGCUGUGGCUUAGGAUGGGAGGGAGGGCUGGCUUUUAUGUAGGGUUGUGGUGAGGUUCGGAUAUUGAAAGCGUCUCUCAAUGAGAAACAGGAAAGUGCAGAGCAUAAACUGAAAAGCAAAAGAACUAACUCCAGAGGCCAAGCUUCUAAUCCUUUGCUCUCAAAUUCUUUUAAUUCACACACACAGCCCUGCUUCUCAGGAUGCUUCUCACGAAAUGCAGGAUCCGCAUCCAGACACCCCCCCCCCCUUCAUAACACCUUAUCUUCACUGGAGAUAGGCCAGACCCGUGUAUCUUUAAAUAAUGCAGAAUAGGAAAGAGAUAUACAAAGAGGGAAACAAUAUCACCGCAUGUUUAAAAAGAGGGACGCAUUUUGGGACUUUGCAGAUGGAUUUCUAAAUAUCCUAACAUUUAUAAUAUGAAUUUCUGGUACGGUAUUUGAAUUCAUAAUUUUUAUAAUACAGUGGUACCUCAUACGCUUCAGGUUACUUAUGCUUCAGGUUACAGACUCCGCUAACCCAGAAAUAUUACCUCGGGUUAAGUACUUUGCUUCAGGAUGAGAACAGAAAUCAUGCUCCGGCGGCACCGCAGCAGCGGGAGGCCCCAUUAGCUAAAGUGGUGCUUCAGGUUAAGAACAGUUUCAGGUUAAGUACGGACCUCCGGAACGAAUUAAGUACUUAACCUGAGGUACCACUGUAUUUGACAACAAGAUCCAAAGUGUGUGCACGUACACACAGAGAGAGUUCAUAUUGUGGCUUUGCAAAAUGCUUAAAGUUAGUUGGCAAUCAUGUACUUUGUGCAUCAAUAAUAUUGCUAUUAUUCACUGAUUUUGAUAUAUUUAUUAUUUUCCUAGUUCAACUCUUAAAGUUAGUUGGCAAUCUUGCAUUUUGUGCAUCAGUAAUGUUGCUGUUAGUCACUGAUUUUGAUAUAUUUUUUAUUUUCCUAGUUCAACUCUCUCAGUUAGAAAUGAUGUUUCCAAGUAAUGCAGAGCCACAGUUUUUAGGGGUGGGGAGAGAUAAUGGGUGUGUGUGUGUGUGUGUGUGUGUGUUUAAAGAGAGAGAUGCCCCUUUUUCGCUUCUGUGCCCCUUCUAGUGAGAGCUGGCGGAGGCCACUUGUGCUGCCUUUGCCUUCAGCCACUGGUACCUGGCACAGAGCAGUGCAGAUGGUUGUGGUGUUACAUUUCCACCUCUUGCAGGACCGGUCUGGCAGCUCCGCUGAGCAGGAAAUGUCAAGGAAGGUCACAGGAACGAAGCUGGAGCAACUGGAUGGGGUGCAGAGACCAAGCGGGAGGAAUUCCUGUCCCCAGGCAGGGCUACUUUCAUCCUUUAGCGCAGUCACGUCCAACUCCCAGGAGACUGCAGAACUGGCAGUGAUCUGCCCAGAGUUGCCGAGCUUUUUUUAGGGAGCCAAAGUUGUUGAAAUUUAUCAGGGGGUCCAAGGAUCGACCAGGGACAUCCCUACUGGACUGCCUCUCCUGGUAUGCCCCACAGAGGACCUUAAGGUCCACAAAUAACAACGCUUUGGAGGUCCCAAGCCGCAAGGUGGUUAGAUUGGUCUCAACUAGGGCCAGGGCCUUUUCAGUACUGGCCCCGACUUGGUGGAACGCUCUGUCACAAGAGACUAGGGCCCUGUGGGACUUGACAUCCUUUCGCAGGGCCUGCAAGACAGAGCUGUUCCACCUGGCCUUUGGUUUGGACUCAGUCUGACCCUUAUGUUUCCUCCCAUUAAGGUUUUGAUUUAUGGGCUACUAUUAAAAUGAGGCUGCAUUUUAAAUUGUAUUUUAACCUGUAUUUUAAUAAACUGGUUUUUGUUUGUUUGUUUGUUUGUUCUCCCCCAUUAUGUUUUAUUGUAAUUUUAUUGGUGUUAGCCACCCUGAGCCCAGCUCUGGCUGGGGAGGGUGGAGUAUAAAUAAAUUGUUGUUGUUGUUGUUGUUAUGUUGUUGUGAUCAACCUGUUUUAGUGGGUCUCCCCCAUCUCACCUUACCUGGAUAGGAGGGGGUUCAGCUUGGUGGCCGGGCGUGGAACUCCUCGAUUCCACUCUGAGUCCAGAUAUCAUCACUCCAGGAGAGGAAGGAAGGAACAGUCUGGUCCGUCCUACACCCAAAUCAAAGAGUAUUUUUCUCCUGUGUACAGACAACAUUGGUAGCAUGACCGCAGUUGCAUUCUUCUUCCCUGUGUGCUUUUCUAAGCAGCAGCAACCAUUGGUGAAGCGUCUCCUGACAGGCAGAGUGGGAAAAGCUGCUAUGUCAGGUUGCUGUUAAACAAAGCAAAACAAAAGCACAAGAGCAGGGACAGAAAAAGAGGCCGCCCCAUAGGUACAAAUUCAGGGAGUGAAUCUUAGGAGCAAGCCCAGUGCUGGAUUUAUGUAUAAGCUAAACAAGCUGUAGCUUAGGGUCCCACUCUCUUGGGGUCCCCCAAAAAAUUAAAGGGGAAAAAACCUGGAUGUACAUUUCCAAAAUAUAAGAUAAGAAACAAAUAAAAUAAAACCUACAUACAGCAACAGUGUUUUGUGUUGUGUAGGCUCCUAUGAUGUAAGUAAUGGGCCCCGCCUGCUAGCCUGCUCCCUAAAAUGUCACUGGUUUGCUCACAUCUAUAUACAGUGGUACCUUGGUUCUCAAACUUAAUCUGUUCCAGAAGUCUGUUCCCAAACCAAAGUGUUCCAAAACCAAGGUGUGCUUUCUUAUAGAAAGUAAUGCAAAACAGAUUAAUCAGUUCCAAAACAACCCCUAAAACUUUGUAUUUCAGUAUUACUAUACUAUACUAUACUAUACUAUACUAUACUAUACUAUACUAUUAAUUGUAUACUAUACUAAUUAUUAAUUGUAUUUCAGUUCAACAGUUCAACAAUUACUUUGAUAUAAUACAUAUUUUGUUAUGUGCAAAUGGCUUUAGAUACCUAUUAGGUCCAUAAAUUACCAUAUAGCAUAUAUUCAACACAAUAAAACAGCAACAAUUUGUUGUUGACAAAGGACAGCUGGACAUAUAAAGGGCCCCAUUACCUUCAGUAGCUGAGGGGCUCAUCAAACCUAAAUCCGGCACUGCUGGAGCCCAUUGAGCACAAUUCAGUGGAUGGUUUUCCCCUGGAAACCCCAUUGAAGUGGAGUGGAAGAGCACAGCCCUGCAGAGUCUUAAAAAUAUUCAGAUAUUUUGGCAAAUCAAUAAAAAGUGUAAUCAGACACUUAUAAAAUUGUAACCAUGUUUGCUACUUUUAUUAAAGAAGUGGAUUCUGAAGUUCUGUAGACUGGGGACUGUUUUGAAGCCAACUGACAUUUCCCCCCAAACUCUUAAGAUACUCAAGCAAAAAAAUAAAUUCCAAACCCAAAGGGCUAUUGUUUAAGACAAUAUUAACAUAUAAUUGGUUUCCUGUACUCUAGCUGAGACUAUUAAUAAAAAUAAUCAAUCAUUAAAAAAUCAAACUGAACCGAAUUUGGAGAAGAACUUCUCUCUCAGCUCAAAUUUGCAUGCAACACCCCACCCCAGCCAGCCCAAAUUUGUGCAAUAUUGAUUGAAACAUUUUCCCCUCGGUAUUGUUAAGAUAUUCUAAGAGAGUAAGCUGCAAUCCUAAACACACUUAUUAGGGAGUAUAUCCCAAAGUACCAGUAAUUGUGAAUGGAACUGGGCUGGAAAAGAACUAAAUGUAACUUAGCAUUAUUAUCUUCAAAUCAAUUAACGAGAGCUGAGAUUUAUUUUUCAAAUGCUUCAAAUUUGAAAGUGCUAAAAAUGAAGCUGUGGUUAUGAAUUUAAGUGAUUUUUGAAAUUUAUCUGAAAUUGCCUUUCAGCUCUAGUUUCUUCCCUAGCUGCAGUCUGGGCAUAUUUCAAAGGAGGGGAGAAAAUGUGUAGCUUUGAAAUAGUGAUGGCACCAAAAAGAUAAGAUAGAAUAAAAUUGAGGGGUUGGCAGCACACAGAAAGAGCAAAGAGCAGCGAGGAGAGGGCAGUAAAUAUAUGAAAAGUGCCUUUGCUCCAAGGGGCCAGCAAUAGGUGGACAGAUGGGGGCAGGCUACUCAGAUGGGGGUUCCCCCUCCUCACUUCCUCUGAUACCACCUGUGCUAUUAAGGGGGAUCAUAAGCAGGUAAAAAAAAAAGACCCAACAGAUUUCAUAUGGCAUAAACUUUUGCGGACUAGAAUCCAUUCCAUCAGAUGCAUAUAGUGUCAUACUUAGAAAGUGUAUACAGUGGUACCUCGGGUUACAGACGCUUCAGGUUACAGACUCUGCUAACCCAGAAAUAGUACCUCGGGUUAAGAACUUUGCUUCAGGAUGAGAACAGAAAUUGUGCUCCGGCAAAGCGGCAGCAGCAGGAGGCCCCAUUAGCUAAAGUGGUACCUCAGGUUAAGAACAGACCUCCGGAACGAAUUAAGUUCUUAACCCAAUGUACCACUGUAUUCACAUGGGCGCAGAGGGGGAAAUGGAAAGCUUACAAUGGGGCUAAAUGAUCGAGAAACGCCAAAAGCACAGUGUGCAACGAUUCAGUUGCAGCUUAAAAUGUAUGCAAAACAAGCAAGUGCCCAUUCACAACAGCAGUAACCCGUGAUGACAACACAAGCUUCUUAGCAGCGUUAAAUCAGGGCCAGACUAAAAGUGACUUGCAUUGUGUAGCUGGUCUUUGUUUUGCAAAUAGGUAGCAUGAGGUGGGGGCCCCCAGCCAGAAUAGCAGCUCCCUGCAGCUACACUGUGUGUGGUUGGUUUUAGGCCAGGGGUCGGCAAGGUUUACUUCGCCUGGGUCAUCCUUCGGGGGCUGGAUUGUGCAUGCACAUAAGCUCCCGUGCCCACAAUUUCCAGUGUGUGCAUCUGCACAGACGCGAUUUCCAGUGCUGUGGAAGCGAGUCCCCAUGCCGCGCUGCGCCGGUUUAGUGCAGCGAGUGGGAACUCACCAAGCAGGCAGCUGAGUUCGGGGAUGGCUCGUGGGCCAGUUAAACGACCCCCAGGGGCCGAUUGUGGCCCACGGGCCUUAGGUUGCCUACCCCUGGUUUAGGCUGGCCUUUGAUGCUGAGGGUUAAGUUGGGAAAGGACGAGUAAUAAAGGUGAAGGAGAUGAAGCCUUCUUCUCUUUGACUGACCGUUGAAUGUCGGUCAAUUAAUAACGGCCUUGAGUCCGCAAGCUCCAUCCGUGGCACCAGCAGCCUACGGAAAGGUGAAAACAUUGCAGAAACCCAGACAGUGCCAUCUAUCUGAGCCACCAAGUAUGAUGCCUGAAUCACUGUGAUAAACAAUAAUGGCCAUACUUGCUUGCAGAACACUAAAUAGGAAACAGGACAGAGAUUUGCCCCUCGUCCAUGCAUAAGCCUCUUUUCUCACCCCCAGAAAUCUCCUGUGCAGCUGUGCCUUGAGCCUUUUCCUUCGUUUUGGAGAUGGAAAAGCAAACCUGCCAGUCUUCCUUCUCUGAUAGUUUUACUCCAUUCCCUUGCGUACUUCGCACAAGUUUAUUUGUUACUUUAUUAUUAUUAUUAUUAUUAUUAUUUUUAAAGAUAUUUAUUGAGAUUUUCCGAAUAUUACAAAAAAUAAAAGAAAAAAAAUAAAAUAGAGGCAGAAGAGAAUACAAAGAAUAAAAAUAGUUUUAAGAAAAAAUUCCAAAUGAGAAAAAAAAAAUGACAGGAAAAAAGAAAAAAAGAAGAAUGCAAAAAUCACAAAACUUUAAAAACAUUUAAAAACAAAUUCAUUAUUUUCAAAUCCUUAACUGUCAUUACCUUCUUUCUUAGACCUCCUCCUCCUCCCUUUCUUUGUAUCCUAGUUAUUAAUUAUCCCAGCAAAUCUUUGACCUUAUCUUUCUAUAAUAAAAUAAACCUUAACACUUAAAACUUAAAUCUUAUCCUUGCCAACUUCUCAUGAUCAUAAUAUUCUUUCAUAAUUCUUUAAACAUCUUUGCUAAAGCCAAGUAUUUUCAUUCCAACAUUUUCCUAUCAUUCAUCAAUUUUAUAAAACAGUUCUAAUAGUAGAAAAGAGAGGUAUAAACAGAUCCAAUCUUCAUCCAGCAUCCCUUCCUCCUGGUUCCUGGUUUUGUCAGUCCUUAUUCCCGUCAGUCUAGCCCAUUAACCUGGCAACCUUAUGUCCGAGGCCCUCGGGUCUCUUCCAUGACCCUUCCGCGGCUCUUCUUCAUAUUUGUAACUGUAUUUUCCCUUGUCUCUUGCUCGUGGUAACUCCAGCUUGACAAUGUUUUUAAUCCUUCUCAACAGAUCAGCCCCUUUUCCAUGUUCAACAAUGAAUUCCAUGUAGUAUUUAAAAGCAUGUUUCAAAGGCCCUCCAAAAUUAAGAGCCCCCACAGUCCCAAAUAUCUCACGGCCCGUUGCCAUAUUUGAAAAGUCCAAACAUCCCAGCAUAGGGGGGGUCAAUCCAGCCCCCCAUUUCCAAACCGAGCCAAACUUUUCCUUUCCAGAUAUGGCUUUUUCCAAGUUCAUUUGUCAAAUCCAAAAAAAUCAUAUUCCUGUUGGACCUGUUCUGUCAAAACACACUCCUGAUUUAAUGUCAAAAACUCCUGUUCUGUCAAGACACACUCCUGAUUUAAAUCCUGAGUGGGCUCCACAUAUUUUCCCACUGUCUGUUCAAAGUUUCCCACUGCCUGUUCAAAAUUUCUAGUCGAAGUCGCCAUCCAAUUCACCUUCUCGUGUAAUUGUUCCAGUAGAUCGUUUGUUUUAUAGAGAGCAUACAACAAGGCUUCUGAAUAGAUUGUCCCACAAGGUCAGAUACUUGUUCCCACGGUUGUAAUCUGUAACAGCUGUCGACUCCCUGGAGUUAGUUACAAUUUCACAGUUACAAUUUCACAGACUCCCCCUAGGGGGAAGACUUCUAUUUAUUCUUGCAACAAAAUUUCCUUUUUAAAGAUACUUUGCCCAUAUAUAAUCCUUUAAAAUGCGAAAGGGAACAGUGGAAUCACUAGGUUUCUCUUCUUUUAACCAUCUGUCAAAAACACUUGUCUUUGGUUAAUGAACUUCACACGUCAGUCCUGACAGUCCGCUCCAGGCUCAGGACGGAGGAAAGUUACUUCACUUUAAAGUCACUUUAAACAGUCCAAAAAGAUCCCUGCCUUCUCCUGAUGUCGAAGGGGGAUUCCACAACCUCAAAUGGUGAAAUCCAAUCUUUUAAAAGCGAUUUUCUGAGCUCUAGUUUAAGUUGCCUUUGCUUUAUUCUGUUUACAAAAGAACGGAAGGAUGACUUCCUGUUUAGACCUUCCCGUUCCGUACCAAAUUCAAGUAAAUUUUAAAAGUCCGAUUCUUUUCUACUCGCAAGUCCUUAUUUGAUGUCCAAUUGUUCAAAGUCUAAGUACUCACGGGUGCUUAUUUUAAAGUCCGAAUUGUCCCAGGAAAAAGGCAGCACUCUCCGGCAACAGCUAUGCGGCUUCGCUCCACGGAAAUAGCAGUUGACUCACAGCACCGCGCCACUUCCCCCUCUUCACUUCGGAGCCCGUUAGUGGGUUCCUUAGCGGGUUGGGGGGGGCGCUAAAGGUGCCCACCGAGUCCCAUGGUCACAGGCUUCAUCCGCCUGUGAUUUUUAAGUGGGUCCCCGCUUCACCGUAGCGGAGAAGACCCAUUUUCCGCGGAGCUAGUCCCUCCAGUUCAGAGGGAGUCCGCCAUUGCCGGUGGCGCCACCCCGGAAGUCUUGUUACUUAUUUAUUUUUAAAACGUAUACCCCAGCUUUCUAUAUUGGAUGUUCAAGGAAGCUCAUACUGACGAAACAACAUGACUGCCACACCAUACAACAAAAUAAGAUCAGGGCCAGCUCAAUAUAUUUUGCUGCCUGAGGCAAGAUGGCUCCUCCUGCAAUUCCAUGCACGGGAAUGUGACUAGACUGGCUGUUGAAUAGUACUUCAAUUCUGGCUGCCUUCAUCACACCUGGGGCUAGUUUAAGGGGUACAAGAACGACCACAUGGUACACACAGCUCCAGCAUCUCACUACUGCUCUCUGCUCCCCAACAUCUACCGCUGAAUGGGUGGAAGCCUCCCUUUACCUGACAAUAACAUUUUAUUGGCUCCCAACUCAACUCUUUCCAGCUCAGUUUAGAUCUUGCUCUACACGACUGGUCCCCAAUUAGCUAAGUACUGCAGACCCCCUGUUUUCUCAAGAGCCAAGUCCUGGACCCCCUACUUUUGAAAAUUUUGAUAUCUCUAUCGUAGCUUUUGAUAUGUGAAUGGUGCCACGCCCCCCCUCCCCAGGUGGGUUACACGGACCCCCUGGGUUCUGCAGACCACCAGUUGGGAACCCUUCUCUACACUGCCAUAUGCAUAUGGUUCCAAGAAGCCAAAAAGCUGUGUCUUACUUCUGCUUCUGUUUCUUUUCUACCUCUCCCCAGACACCCCUUCAGCUGUGGGGUGAAGAGGCAGAAGAUGGGGCCAUCUACAGCAUCAUCCUUCACCGAGUGAGGGCAGAGCCCAUCGCCAACAGAUCAUGUCAGCUGGUAUGUGGCAGCUUCCCUUAUAGGGAAUACCGGAUCCCUCAUUCUAUGCUAAACUGGCUUUUAUUAUUGGACAGCAGAGGGGACACAUGCACGGAAAGUCACGUCUGCCUCAUGCGUGCAAGCAUGACAAGGAGCUCUCUUCUCUUUCCUUUGCUCCACCUGGUACGCAGGCUAGACUGUCUCACCAAAGUGGUGCAUGCUCUAGUUAUCUCCCGUUUGGACUACUGCAAUGCACUCUACAUGGGGCUACCUUUGAAGGUGACCCGGAAACUACAAUUAAUCCAGAAUGCGGCAGCAAGACUGGUGACAGGGAGUGGCCGCCAAGACCACAUUGACCUACCAUUGACUCCCAGUACGUUUCUGAGCACAAUUCAAAGUGUUGGUGCUGACCUUUAAAGCGCUAAACUGCCUCAGCCCAGUAUACCCGAAGGAGCGUCUCCACCCUCAUCUUUCAGCCCGGAUACUGAGGUCCAGCUCCGAGGGCCUUCUGGAGUUCCUUCACUGCGAGAAGUGAGGUUACAGGGAACCAGGCAGAGGGCCUUCUCGGUAGUGGAACGCCCUCCCAUCAGAUGUCAAGGAAAUAAACUAAUAUUUGACUUUUAGAAGACAUCUGAAGGCAGCCCUGUUUAGGGAAGUUUUUAAUGUUUGAUGUGUUUUUAAUGUUGUGUUGGGAGCUGCCCAGAGUGGCUGGGAAAACCCAGCCAGAUGGGUGGGGUAUAAAUAACAAAUUAUUAUAAUUAUUAUUAUUGCAAAUUUGGGGACCCCAGGAUUUGUGGUAACCUUUUCAGUGAUGGGAAUCACUGGAAUCUCCUGUAUCAAAGGCAAGAGAACUCCACAACUAUCAGAUUUUCCAUGUUAACUAAUCUGAUUUUUCACAAAUAGGGUUUUUUUUUAACUGUGCAGUUCCCACUGAAGGCAGGUUGCAGCUCUACCCUGUGUAUUAGACAAUGAUAAGCACCUCUUCAAUAGGUGUCAGCUAUGUGAGUUUCUCCCACCUCAUCGUGCCUGUCCCUUUCCCAACAGGAUGUCUCCAGCACACCAGAGUGUCCCUUUGUACAGUACCGCACGUGCAAGAAGCGCCUGUUGCGGGCUGCUACGCUCCCCAGGCUGGUGGAGUGGCUGGUGUCUGCCGAUGUGGAGGGCGACCUUGGCUUCGUGCCCAGCUUCCUGGCCACCUACCGGGCCUUCGCCAACCCUGCGCAGGUGCUGGAUCUGCUGCUGCCACUGGGACCGGACAAGUGAGGCACAGGGGUAGGAGGUGGGUGGUUUGGGCAGGAGGAAAAUGCUGGACAAGGUGUGCUCCCGUUUCAGGAGCCCGGAGAAGGGCUGGUUCUUGAUUCUGGCAGUGCGGCGAAUUGGGGCGGGAAAAGCAAUUCUAACCUGGCAGGGUAUCAGAGUGAUGCCCACCUUGCUUUUCGCCCUGUAGACAUGUAUGUACAGGGCGAAUUUAUUUGUUUCAUGCAAUUAAGUGUUUUUUAGAAAGGGGAUAAAUAGACAUGUGGGUGCUGUACACAUUAUUUUCAUUGAAAUUCUACUCAAUAUUGAUCCAGAUCAGAACUCCCAACAUAUAGUUAGCAGAGUAAAAACUUAAACACGUUGCAGGAUUCCCAAAACAUAGACCAGAGGCAAUUAAUAUUUCAUCCAGCAGAGUUUUACUGCUACUGAAGGCAAAUGAGCAUAAUGGUCACAAAUCCAAUACAUUCAGGAUUGGCACUGUCCGUAAGAAAUCCAGUUGCAGCAGACUUGACUUACACUUACAAUAAUGAAAGUUAAGACUUAUUGUAAAAGUCUUAACCUUCACACUAAGCAUACUAUGUACGGAACACCACACCAGAAGGAAAAGAGAUAGAAAGAGAAAGUUAAACCCAGGCUCCUUCUGGCCUCACUAUUAUAGUCCGCAUGACCUUGACAGAAGAGAUAACGGGACCAGUUUAAGCCAGCUGUACUCAGCUUCUCUGAAGGAAUAACCCAAACAUCAGGAACCUUCUGCUUGUUUCUUUCACACAGAGAAGCUUCCAGAACCCUCUUGAAUUAAGUAGAAUAGGAAAGAUCUCUACACAUCAGAUCAAUACAUUCUGUAAUAAGAAAUGCAAACUGACAGAUAUAGGCAGUGCUUUCCCCCCUCAAAAAAUGUUUAGGGGCACUCUCAGUUGGACUAAAAAAACCCACCAUUUUAUAGUUCAAAUUGGGAAAAAUAAAGACAAAUAAAUGGACAAAAGUACAAAGAUUCACAAAAUGUUUAGGGGUAUGCAUACCCCUGCGUCCCCCCAGAAAAAAGCACUGGAUAUAGGAAGAAAAUACAGUGGAGCCUAGGUUGUCGAAUGUAAUCAGUUCUGGAAGAAUGUUCAACUUCCAAAACACUUGACAACUGAGGCACAAUGGGUGGUCGGGGAAUUCAACUGAAAAAAAUUGGGAAACGUGCCUUAGAAGCUGUUUGACUUCCGAGGCGUAUUCGAAAACUGAAGCAAUUACUUCUGGGUUUUCGGCGUUCGGGUUCCGAAACAUUUGGCUACUGAGAUGCUCGAAAACCGAGGUUCCACUGUACAGGGCAGUGACUGUUUUAGGUGCAUCCAAGAUGUGUGCAGCUGAGGACGCGGGCAUCGUUCCGAAUCCAGGAAUGACCCCCCAAAAGGGGGUAGAAGGGGGCAGGGGUGGAACAGGACGUUUGGGGACUUUUGCCAUGGUGUUUCAAAUAUAUGUGAUUUCACUUAAGCACAAGGUGCCUUGGAAUGUGGCCUCUGCGUAAAGAGGGAGUUGUCUGUAAUGAGAUGCCAGAUGGGCAGUGAAGCUUGGUGAAGUCCGAGCAGCACAAUCUGGCAGGACGCAUAAGGAGGGGCGCCCUCAGGAAGAAAUCCUGGUGAAGGCAGCAUGGAAUCAUCGACUCGUAGAGUUGGAAGGGACCCCUGGGGUCCUUUAGUCCAACCUCCUGCAGCGCAGGAAUCUCAUCUCAAGCAUCCAGGACAGAUGGCUAUCCAACCUCUGCUUAAGAAGAGUAGGUAGUCCAAGGUAGUCCGUUCUGCUGUUGAACAGCAGGCAGCUUAUCUGGGACAGGAGGGGUUAGGGCAGCCUUUCUCAACCUGUGGGUCCCCAGAUGUUUGGGAACUACAACUCCCAUCACCCCUAGCUAGCAAGGCCAGAGCUCAGGGAUGAUGGGAGUUGUAGUCCAACAACUUCUGGGGACCCACAGGUUGAGAACCACUGGGUUAGGGGCACCGGGAGGGGGGGAGAGAGAGGGGUCAGCAACCUUUUUCAGCCGUGGGCCGGUCCACCGUCCCUCAGGCCAUGUGGUGGACCAGACUAUAUUGGGGGGGAGGGGAAUGAAUGAAUUCUAUGCCCCACAAAUAACCCAGAGAUGCAUUUUAAAUAAAAGGACACAUUUUACUCAUGUAAAAACACACUAAUUCCUGGACUUUCCAUGCGCCGGAUUGAGAAGGCGAUUGGGCCGCAUCCGGCCCCCGGGCCUUAGGUUGCCUACCCUUGGAUAAGAGCCUAAGCAGUUUGUGAGUACAGUGGUACCUCGGGUUACAUACGCUUCAGGUUACAGACUCCACUAACCCAGAAAUAUUACCUUGGGUUAAGAACUUUGCUUCAGGAUGAGAACAGAAAUCGUGUUCCGGCGGCACAGCAGCAGCGGGAAGCCCCAUAAGCUAAAGUGGUGCUUCAGGUUAAGAACAGUUUCAGGUUAAGAACAGACCUCUGGAACGAAUUAAGUACUUAACCCGAGGUACCACUGUAUAUGUACAGUGAUACCUCAGGUUACAGACCCUUCAGGUUACAGACUCCGCUAACCCAGAAAUAGUACCUCGGGUUAAGAACUUUACCUCAGGAUGAGAACAGAAAUCGUCGACAGGGCAGGAGGCCCCAUUAGCUAAAGUGGUACCUCAGGUUAAGAACAGUUUCAGGUUAAGAACGGACCUCCGGAACGAAUUAAGUAGUUAACCCGAGGUAUCACUGUACGUGUGUUUGUGUAUGGUUGGUGCCUGACUCUGUUUCCGUUCCGGCUGCAGGGCAGUGCUGCGUGUAUUGGAACUCUGGCUGCAGCAUCAUCCUGGGGAUUUCUGGGAGCCCCCCCAGCAUCCCAACCUGCAGAGAACCUUGAGCUUCUUGCACCAAUCUGCUCGUGACUCCCCAGCGCUUGCUCUGGCAGAGGGGCUGUGGCAGUCCCACAAAGACAACGAGGAGGAGGAGCGCAGGAGGGCAGGUGCUGCUGAGGUAGAAGGUAAGGAUUUCUCCUGCCCUGGGGACAUGACGGCCCAGAGCAGACGGCCUCCGAAAGUUUGUGGCUCAAGUCUAGCCCCCGUCCCCACCCAUGACCUCAGCUCCUCAGCCACAUGCAAUUGUCCUCAGGGCCAUCCUAUUCAGCCUAUUAGAUGGCAUGUCUGCAUUAUAAUAAUAAUACAGUGGUGCCCCGCAAGACGAACGGCUCGCAAGACGGAAAAACCGCUAGACGAAAGGGUUUUCCGUUUUGAAGUUGCUUCGCAGGACGAAUUCCCCUAUGGGCUUGCUUCGCAAGACGAAAAUAUCUUGCGAGUCUUGAGAUUUUUUUUUCGCUUUUCCCCCCCUUUAUCUAAUCUGCUAAGCCUUUAAUAGCCUUUUAGCAGCUAAUCCCCUAAGCCUUUAAGCCUUUAAUAGCCGCUAAACCGCUAAUAGCGCUAAUAGCGCUAAUCCGUCAAUGGGCUUGCUUCGUAAGACGAAAAAACCGCUAGACGAAGACUCUCGUGGAACGGAUUAACUUCGUCUUGCGAGGCACCACUGUAAUAAUAAUAAUAUUAUAAUAAUAAUAAUAAUAAUUUAUUAUUUAUAUCCCGCCCAUUUGGCUGGGUUUCCCCAGGCACUCUGGGCGGCUCCCAACUGAAUAUUAAAAACACAGUACAGCAUUAAACAUUAAAAACGUCCCUAAACAAGGUUUGCUUCAGAUGUCUUUUGAAAGUCAGAUUUCCUUGACAUCUGGCGGGAGGGUGUUCCACAGGGCGGGUGCCACUACCGAGAAGGCCCUCUGCCUGGUUCCCUGUAACUUCACUUCUCGCAGUGAGGGAACUGCCAGAAGGCCCUCGGCGCUGGACCUCAGUGUCCGGGCUUCUUCAGGUAUACUGGGCCGAGGUCGUUUAGGUCAGCACCAACACUUUGAAUUGUGCUCGGAAACAUACUGGGAGCCAAUGCAGGUCUCUCAGGACCAGUGUUAUAUGGUCUCGGCGGCCGCCCCCAGUCACCAGUCUUGCUGCCACAUUAGCCAGCUAUCCUAUAUGCUGGAGCCCAUGACUAUUUGGUGUCCUCUUGGCAGCCUGUCUGUGGGUGUGUGGGUGUGCAUGCCAAAAGCAAAACCAUCUCAAAAGCAAAAUUAGCCCUGGGCUGCCUCUCACUGCAUGUUUCCACCCUGCAACACUCACUUGGUCCAAUUCAGCAUCAGGACCACCAUCUCCAGUUAUCUGAAAAUCUAAAUUCUAUGAUGGGGGAAAAGAAAAGAAAAGAAACCAAAUAGCAUUGAGACCUUUAAUGUGCUGUCACAAAACUGACUUUUCUAAGGGGAUCGUCUGCUCUCUCUCUUUUUCUCUCCAGAAGUCCAGUUUAGAUUAUUAAAUACAGUGGUACCUCAGGUUACAUACGCUCCAGGUUACAGACUCCACUAACCCAGAAAUAGUGCUUCAGGUUAAGAACUUUGCUUCAGGAUGAGAACAGAAAUUGUGCUCUGGCGGUGCAGCGGUGGCAGGAGGCCCCAUUAGCUAAAGUGGUGCUUCAGGUUAAGAACAGUUUCAGGUUAAGAACGGACCUCCGGAAUGAAUUAAGUACUUAACCCGAGGUACCACUGUAGAAAGCAAACAGACUUGGUCAACAGAUUCCACCAUGAGCUCUCAAAUCAAAGGUGUUGUAGGAACCAAUCCAAUCUUAUCACAUGUAUCAUUCCAGUUGGGUAAAGGCUGGUCUGUAUAGACCAAGAGCAAUCGUUGGGCGCACAGGUGACCUUUAACCUUUCUAACCUUUAAACUUACUUAGCUCAAGCUUCUUCCUCUGGUGAAAAUAGUGCCAUUAUCCACAUGGUGCAAAAUGAGGUAGUAUCAUUUUGAACGGUAUACUUCACACUGCAGGUAGGAAGGGUGUUGUCCUAUAUUUGAAUGCUUCCUCACAUAAAAAGCUCCCUGUAUAUAGCAAAUGAGAAUUGUGUCUCUGAUGUGCUAGUGUAUCACAUGCAGAGAGGUUAUUUUUACAUUGGGGAACAUUAAAAAAUACGGAUUUAGAAGGCGAUUGGGCCGGAUCCGGCCCCUGGGCCUUAGUUUGCCUACCCAUGCCUAAGAGAGACGCUCCAAAGAUUGUCAGUUUCCUUAGGACAGUUUGCUCCAUUGGGUUUUAUAUCUUCGGAACAACAGAAGAUGUUUUAUUGUGUUUUCAAUAUUUUGUUGAGAGUUGCCCAGAGUUGCUGGGGCAACGCAGUCAGAUGAGCAGCAUAUAAAUAAAAUAAUCAUAAUAAUAGUUAUUGCUGUUGUUGUCAGAAUUUUCUGCAUGUACUGGAUGAUGCCUCCCCUUGAUCAUGUGGUAUUUACGGUAUAGACUUUUUGGGGAGGGGAGGGAUGUUUCGUAAGCCACAUCAGAUUUUGCUGCAGGUUUUGAGAUCUGUCAGUGAUGCACUUUCUGGUACGGGUUUGAUUGUAGAAGCAAGUCAAGAAGUCACCUGGCAAGGGGAUGAUCUCUUUAGGGGCCCCGUGGGGCACCUAAGGCUCUCUUGCAAUUCUGGGACUCAGCGCUCAGAGGAUGCAAAGCUAGCACAUGAUCUGUGAGUUGUCCCUGAAUUCUGCAUAACGUUUUAGGAGAUCCUGGGGGAAUGCACAUUUCUUGGACUAGUGAAAGGACCUCCAUACACACAAGUGUGUGGUCCUCUUCUUCCUUCGUCAGGGUUGGGCUUGCGCACACUCAAUCAGGUGGCCCUUGUCUCACUGCCCGACAGGAGGGGAACCCACAGGGAUGGGGAUGCCACAGGUGAUCGGAGAAGCAGCUGGGACAGGUGACUGCGAGGAGACACCAGCCCUCCUGUCCUUCUCGGUGGAUGAAGUAGCUGAACAGCUGACCCUGAUGGAUGCGGUGAGUAAGAGGGGUCAGGGACGGCAAAAUGCUUUGGGAAGAAGAAAACAGCAUUAAUGGGGGGUGUGGUGUGGCUCUUGGGCUCUUAAAUGUUAUUUCCAGCCAGGGUGGAUUUGAUUUAAAUCAAAUCAAUUUAAAUCACUAGUCAUUAAGAGUUGAUUUAAAUCAUUUUUUUAUGGAAAGACUCAUUCUUGCUGGUACAGUCAUAUCUCGUUACGUCUGCUUCAUGUUACGUUCUUUCAAGUUACGUCCCGUGGUGACCCGGAAGUACCGGAAAGAGUUACUUCCAGGUUUUGCCGCAUGCGCAGAAGCACAAAAUAACGUCUUGCGCAUGCGCAGAAGCGGCAAAUCGCAACCUGUGCAUGCGCAGAUGCGCCGCUGCAGGUUGCGCUCUUUUCAUGUUGCGAAUGGGCCUCCAGAAUGGAUCCUGUUCGCAACCAGAGGUACCACUGUAUAAUUUUAAUAUUUACAACCAGAUGAAGGUUUCAUUUUUUGAAUAAUAAUUUUUCAGAGUACGGUACUUUUCACAGUUAUAUCAAAAAUUACUGAUUUGGUUAUACUAUUAAAAUACAUAGACAGAUGCAUUUGAAAUUAUUGUGAGGUUUAGUAAGUUAACUGUUUAUAUUUGGACAACUUUUCUGCUGUAUUUUAUUGGAAGGAGAAAUAUAAUCAUUUCCUUAAUAACAAUUCGAACAAUUUACGUAUUUAACUUAAACAAUAACAUUAUAGCAUAAGUAUCCAUGUUUGUUAACUGAUGUGGUUAAACAAUUAAAAAAAACUUAGACUGAGUUUUAGCACGCAUGAAAAACUUAAAACAAAUCCUUAUUUCCUGAUGAAUAGCCUUUGGACUAUAAUGUAACUUAAAUAGAAAACUAUCUUUAGAAAGAUUUUUCCUCCAAACGCAUUUUAUUUUAAAAAUCCGAUUUAAAUCAAAAGAAUCCAAUUUUUUAAAAAAAUAAAAUAUAUUUUCCAGCUAUAGGAGUUGAAAGGUAAUGGCUCAGAGAGGUGAGUGAUAGAAGCCAGGAGUCUGUGACUUAGACCAAGAACAAACCCAUUGCAAUCAAUGGGAUUUCAGUCACAACUAAGUAUGUCUACGUCUGGAUUCCAUGCUCUGCCCUUUCCAAAGCCAUACCAUUUGUGAUUGGUCUCUGGUGAAAGGAAACAGGAACUGGAUCAGCCUUUAUGGUUCAGUGUUGUGCAAAAAUAUAUCACCAAAGCAACUACUCCAGAGAAAGGAGUGUGGACAAGCAAACAAAUACAUCACAGAAAUAAAUCACAGAAGAAGUCUUUUCCCCCCCAGUCUUUUUCUUUAUAAUAAUAAUAAUUUAUUAUUUAUACCCCACCCAUCUGGCUGGGUUUCCCCAGACACUCUGGGUGCCUCCCAACAGAAUAUUAAAAAUACAAUAAAACAUCAAACAUUAAAAACUUCCGUAUACAGGGCUGCCUUUAGGUGUCUUCUAAAAGUUAUAUAAAUCAUUAUUUCCUUGACAUCUGACUGGAGGUCAUUCCACAGGCGGGCGCCUCUACCGGGAAGGCCCUCUGCCUGGUUCCCUGCAACCUCACUUCUCGCAGUGAGGGAACUGCCAGAAGGCCCUCAGAGCUGGACCUUAGUGUCCAGGCUGAAUGAUGGGGGUGGAGACGAUCCUUCAGGUAUACUGGGCUGAAGCUGUUUAGGGCUUUAAAGGUCAGCACCAACACUUCAGUCAAUUGUGCAUUAGCAGAAGCAACAUCAACUUGUAAAUCAACAUCUGGACGCUGUUCCGAUAUAACCAGCAUUUCUUCCCACAGGGGGUUUAAUCAUCGAGCUGUACAGUAGAGUCUAGACAAUGUACAAUUGAUAGUUUAGAGAAAUGAACAAAUCUGUCCCUCUGCGCAUUUCUCCCAUUGUAGCACCCUGCUUGUGGUUAACGCUUAGCUGGAAUGAAAUAUUCAACGCAGCAAUAGAGAAAUUAAAAUAAUAAUUUAUUUGUCAGACAAAUAAAUGAGAGACACAGUGGUAUAUGGAUACCAAAGCUCUGCCCACUCCAGCCCUGAUGGCCAGCACUUAUAUUUCCUCAGCCCAGCCCCCUUGCUCCUCCUUUGGCUGCCUCUGUCCAAUCAGCCUGGUUGAAAUUCCUAUUGGCUGUUUGCUAGAACCAAUCAUAAAAGAUACACCCAUUUCCUAUUACCUUUUAUGGGAGACAAAGAGCUAUAUUUCCUUCUAUCCAUAAAUGGCAGACAAGUAGCCAUAUAUCUUACAUUUGCCUCGACCAGGCACCUUAAUUACCAGAUAACCUUUUUGCCCUAUUGCCCUAUUGCCCUAUUGCCCUAUUCACUCCAAAACAGAUGGCUAAUGGUUCUAAUUUUAUCUUAAACAGAGAUCUUGGGUUCACCUUCUCACACACCAUCAAUGAAAUAAGAAUCUAACAUAAGAAUCUAACAUUUCUUACUUUCUAAAUCCUUUGCAUAAUUACAUUUAAGCCAAUAUAUUUCAUACAUAACGUAGAUAGAUUUUUAGAAGGAAAGGCCUUUUCAAAGUAAAAAGGAACUUUAAUAAAAACAGUUUCGAAAGCAGCCUCUUUAGUUUACAACUCCUUUUCCUAGCCAGCUGCUGUUCCUAUUAGCUCUUGCCCUUUAACCUUAUGAAAAUAUGGCUCGAGUCUUCUGUUAAACAAUAAAACUUACUAUUUACCAACUCUUAAUUGUGUCUUUGCAGCUUGAUUGUAUUCUGUAAUUUGUAUGGUCAGUGUGACCUUUUGCUCCCAGCCUGUAAUUUCCUUUUACAACCCUGAAGCACUGCUAUAGAUCAGAGGGGCCCUUGAUCAAGAAGAUAAACAUCUGCCAAAGUACUCAGCCAGCAGGUUUCUCUCUGGCAUGAGAGAUACAAACAUUUGCAAAUAUAUUUUUAAAGCUCAUUUUAAAAUGCAGGUCUUGAUCAGAUGCCUCACCAUAGAAAGAGGCUAUAAAGCCUUCUAUUUGCUAACCUUCCUAACAGUGCCAGUAUAUCACUUCCCUGCACAUUGUGACGUGGGUGAGGCUGUGGUAUAAACCAAUGUACCUCUUGGGUUUGCCGAUCAGAAGGUCGGUGGUUCGAAUCCCCUCAACGGGGUGAGCUCCCCUUGCUUUGUCCCAGCUCCUGCCAACCUAGCAGUUCGAAAGCAUGCCAGUGCAAGGAGAUAAAUAGGGACCACUGUGGUGGGAAGGUAAACAGCAUUUCCAUGUGCUCUGGUUUCCGUCACGGUGUCCUGUUGCGCCAGAAGCGUUUUAGUCAUGCUGUCCACAUGACCCGGAAAGCUGUCUGUGGACAAACGCUGGCUCCCUCGGCCUGAAAGCGAGAUGAGCACCGCAACCCCAUAGUCGCCUUUGACUGGACUUAACCAUCCAGGGGUCCUUUACCUUUACCUUUUACCCUGUAUAUUGUUUAUAGUUCAAUGGUAGAGAGUUGACUUUGAAUCUUGGAGAUCUGAUCCAAGAUCCAAAGCCAGUGUGGUGUCGUGGUUAAGAGCGGUAGUCUCGUAAUCUGGGGAACUGGGUUCGCGUCUCCGCUCCUUCACAUGCAGCUGCUGGGUGACCUUGGGCCAGUCACACUUCUUUGAAGUCUCUCAGCCCCACUCGCCUCGCAGAGUGUUUGUUGUGGGGGAGGAAGAGAAAGGAGAAUGUUAGCCGCUUUGAGACUCCUGAAGGGGAGUGAAAGGCGGGAUAUCAAAUCCAAACUCCUCCUCUUCUUCUUCUUCUUCUUCUGCAGUGGUUGCACUGAGUGGCAUUGGGGUGGUCUUCUCUCUCAUCCUCCCUCUCAUUCUCCUUCCCCAGGAACUCUUCCGAGCAGUGCUGCCCUUCCACUGCCUGGGCUGCGUGUGGUCGCAACGAGACAAGAAGGAGAAUCAGCACAUGGCUCCCAGUGUCCGAGCCACUGUGGCCCAGUUCAAUGCAGUCACUAGCUGUGUCAUUGCAUCUGUACUGGGAGACCUGACUCUGCGCUUUCCCCAGCGGGCACACCUGCUAGAGAAAUGGAUCGACAUUGCCCAGGUAAGAGCUUCUGUGUCCAGUGAGCUAGCUGGCCUUAGUUUUCCUUGUUUCCUUAGCCCUGCCUCUACAGUGGUACCUUGGUUCUCAAACUUAAUCCAUUCCAGAAGUCCGUUCCAAAACCAAAGUUUUCCAAAACUAAGGCACGCUUUCCCAUAGAAAGGAAUGCAAAAUGGAUUAAUCCGUUCCAGACUUUCAAAAACAAUCCCUAACACAGCAAUUUAACAUGAAUUUUAUUAUCUAAUGAGACCAUUGAUCCAUAAAAUGAAAGCAGUAAACAAUGUACUGCAGUCACACAAUCAAUCAAUCAAUCAGUAGUUGAACUGGGUUCCACACAGUCUCAAAAAGAAAAACAAAGAGCCGCAAAAACUAAAACGCAAAAUAAAUAGCAAAAACAGACAGACCUCAGCGUAACACUCAAAACAGAAGUGUGGCACUCAAAAUGAAGCACGUUCAGCUUCCGAAAAGAGUUCCCAAACUGGAACACUUACUUCCUGGUUUACAGUGUUUGGGUUCCAAGUUGUUUGAGUACCAAGGCGUUUGAGAUUCAAGGUACCACUGUACUCCUGUCGGCACACAAACCAACAUAUGGGACUGUACCUCCAGCCAGCUCACUGGUUCUCCACAAUUUGUGAAUAUUACAAAAAUGGGCCUACAUAAUAGCUGCACAAGCCAAAGGCACAGACCCCCUCAACUUUUCAUUGCAAAAGUAACAGACACGCUGACAAUGUAAACUUAUGAUGAUAUAUCAAAAUAUAGCCAAAACAAGUGGCAUUAAAGUGAGGAACGGUAAUGGAUUUGAAGAAUGUUUAAUUAUCAUCUGCCUUCUAACUGAUCUGUCAGUUUAAUUGAAUGUAAAUACAUGUGUACCUUAUCAAAACCUCAGUACUGUGGGGGUUGAGGGUUGAGAUACUGACAAGUGCAAGAUUACGUGACUUUCUUUUACUAAAUAAAAGCUGCCAGCUAUUGUUAGAAGAUAAGGUCUUCUUUCUUCUGCAUUGUGGUAAUAGCCUGCACAAUGGCCAUGUUUACUCUUGAGUCACAGUCCACACGUCAAAAAUGGUUUGAUUAUCAACUAAAUGAAUCAAAAGCUUGCAGCCUUACUCAAAAUGCAGCAAUUGCUUUGCAGUUAAAUCUUUAAUCAAUCCAAUCGCUGGCGUUAAAUCCUACCCCUUUCUUACUGAAAUAUUUGUCAUUUCCCCACUCCCAAUUCCCCAAAUGGUACGCCUGCCCUCCAGCGAUGUCGGGCCCUCCGGAAUUUCUCCUCGCUGCAUGCCAUCCUCUCUGCCCUACAGUCUAACUCCAUCUACCGACUGAAGCGGACGUGGGCUGCUGUACACAGGUGAGGUUUUUGGUGGCACCAUUUUUCCCUAGAAGAAAAGCCCUGGUUAAAAGUGUGGCGCUUUUUUUCCUUUAACCAUCUUUGUAAGAAUGGAUUCCAAAUAUCAUUGAAUUUGUCCAUGGCAAGCCUGCAUUUAUAUACAGGUUGUUCAUAUGUUGCGAGUUUCUAUAAGUCUUCAAUCAUAGAAGGGAGCUGCAUUUUUAUUUUUCCAAUUCAUCGGUAUCAGUCUUUUUGCUGUGGUCAGGGCACGGAGAGUCCACUUGUAUUGUCCUUUUGUGGGGUUCCAUGUGCUGAGUGUAUAAUUCAAGAGGAUAUUUUGCUCUGUAAAUGUAAGGUUGUUCCGUACAGUUCUGUUGAUGGUUUCAGUUACCUUCUGCCCAAAAUCUUUCAAUAUAGGACAAUGAAAAAACAUGUUUUAGAGAAGCAUUAUCCCUGUUGCAUCACCAACAGUUAGAUACCUUAGAUAGCCCUUUUUUAAAACAAACAUAAUGGGGUCCACUAUAUUAUAAAUAUUAUUUUUUUGUUGUAUGAGCCUCAAUUUAAGGUCCAGAGGCACCUUUGCUAUAGCAGUUAAAACAGUUUCCCACUGUGUCGCACUUAUUGUAAGCACCUUUCCCCCCCCUAAAAGAAAAGCAUUGAAAAAGGGUUAGGGUAAAGGCUGGGUAAAGUAGGCCACAGUAGACUCUUGCUUCUCUUUGGAGAGAAACCACAGGGCUCUGGCAGGUUCAAGGAUCGUCCCCAACCAGGACUGGGGAAGAGUUUUGCCUGCGACCCCAGAGAGCUCCUGACAGUCUUUUUCUUUUCAAACAAGAUUUUUAUGAAAGCUUUUACAUAAUACAGCAGGAUAAAAGAAACUACAGUGGUACCUUGGUUUGCAUACGUCUUGGUUUGCUUACAUUUUGGAUUACAAACACGUCAAACCCGGAAGUGUGUGUCCUGGUUUGCAACCUAUUUUUGGAUUACGAACAAAAUUUUUUGGAGGCCCCACUGGCGAAAGCACGCCUUGGGUUACAACCUGUUUUGGUUUACAAACAGACCUCUGGAACGGAUUAUGGUUGUAAACCAAGGUACCACUGUAAUCUAAAUAAAAACCCAAACAGAGAGAGAUGAGCUCCUGCCAGUCUCAGUUGGUGGUUUCAGUUGACACAAGCCCAUGCUUGGAAAAUUAAGCAGAAUGAAAUGGCUGCCUAAGGCCAGCUGUUUUUCCGGAGUCCUACAAAUUUUCUUCUCUCUCGGAGGACAGAGCUUUUUGUGCCACACAGCCUGACCUGUGCUAGUCUGUAGGGGCAGAUUUAGGGCAGCGUGACCGGUUCCCCCACUCGGGCCCCAAGCUAAGGGGGGGCACCGCAGGGCAUCACAACUAUGACAUAGUACACAUGCAAAACAGGAGACAAGAGGCGGGAGUGUCACAUUUUACCCUUGCACAGGACGCCGCUGAAAUUUGAAAGACCUGCUAGCCUGCUGCCCUUUUUCCACCACAAAGGAUGCUCUGUUGCAGCCACUGCUAAAAAAAGAUUCAGCUUCCAGUCCAGUCAGUCUUCUGGAGGUGUGUUUGUGCAACUGUCUUUGCCCUUCGCCUCAGGCUGCAAAACAGCUUGGACUGGCUGUGGCCUCUUGCACUGACCCCUGUGCCAGGGAGCUGCAUAAACUGAGCCUGACUUCUCUCCCAGGGACACCAGGGGCUCCUUCCGAAAGCUCUCGCAGAUCUUCUCCGAAGACAACAAUUACUUGAAGUGCCGAGAAAUCUUGCUGCAGGUAGCAGAACUGCGUCGUUUGAGAGGAAGAGGAGAGCAAUGUUGUGUGUGUGUGUGUGUUUUUUUAUGCAGGAUAAUGUGCUCAGAAGGAUGUACAGUGGACGCUCGGGUUGCGAACGUGAUCUGUGCAGGAGGCACGUUCGCAACCCGCAACGCCGUGUCUGCGCACGCACGGGUUGCAAUUUGGUGCUUCUGCGCAUGCGUGACGUCCAAAACCCGGAAGUAACCCGCUCCGGUACUUCCAGUUUUCGGUGGGUCCAUAACCCGAAAAAAUGCAACCUGAGGCGUCUGUAACCCGAGGUAUAACUGUAAUGUAUUGUCCAGUGUUGUCAGGAUCAGGAGAGGGCUCAAUAGCCCGGGGCAUAGGAGCCAACUCCUUGGGGCCAAGGUCCUCCUCUCCCCCCAAAAUAUUUGUGAUUUCUCUGAGGUGGAGUGGGGACUUGAGCAGGGGCGUAGCAAAGGAGGUGUGGUGGGUGACAAAAUGGUGGGCGGCACUCACCGCUGGGCCUGCAGCACGCCUGAGCUACAUCUCUCUCCUGGGAGUGACGCACUGGCUUGAGCGCCCGCAGACUCCCUGCUGCCCCAAACAGUCCGCCCAUUGCCUUCCCCUCAGCUGUAUGGUGGCUGAGUGGAAGGAGGCAGGCAGGCUCCUCAGAGGCCCUGCAGUGCCCCCGUGGGUGACUGGCCCCGCUCCCAGGCACAGGGCCCGUGCCUCCCCAGGCGCCCGAUCGGCUUGCUCCGCUGCUGGACUUGAGGAUAGUUGCCAUAAUAAUAAUAAUAAAUUUUUAUUUAUAUCCCACCCUCCCCAGCCAAAGCUGGGCUCAUGGCAGCUAACAACAAUAAAAUAAUACAACAUUCUAAAAUCAUUUCAUUAUAAAAUUAAUUCAAAUCAAAUUGAUGGCAACCAUUGGGCUAGAGUUCUGUGAAGAUUGCCAAAGGAGGGAGUCAGGCUGUGCCCUGGCCAAAGGCCUGGUGGAACAGCUCUGUCUUGCAGGCCCUGCGGAAAGAUGUCAAGUCCCGCAGGGCCCUAGUCUCUUGUGGCAGAGCGUUCCACCAGAUCGGGGCCACAGCCAAAAAAGCCCUGGCUCUGGUUGAGGCCAGCCUAACCUCUCUGUGGCCUGGGACCUCCAAGAUGUUUUUGUUUGAAGACCGUAAGGUCCUCUGUGGGACAUACCAGGAGCGGCGGUCCCGUAGGUAUGAGGGUCCUAGGCCGUAUAGGGCUUUAGAGGUUAAAACCAGCACCUUAAACCUGAUCCUGUACUCCACCGGGAGCCAGUGCAACUGGUAUAGCCAUGUUGUGUUAAGUGUUACCCAGGGGCAUUAAGUCACCAUGUUUGGAGCAGGGAAAGUGUAAAUGCUCUGUUCAGUGUGAGCUACAAUUGCCCUGGGUGCAACCUCUUUUGGUUCAGGGGCUGCAGCAACAAGAGACACCUGCUGAAAUGCUCCAAAGCCUUUGAGUUCUUAGAUUAGCCCCUGUUAGGAGGGUCAGUUCUGUACAGUUGGAUCAAGGUACAUUGGACAUCAGUUGAGUUUAUCCUGCAGCCUUUCUCUCUGUCUCUCGCAGGAAGGAGGUAUACAGGGCUCCAGUGACAGAUGGAACAGCACACAACCCCCAGCUGGGGCAUCUCCAAAGGUGAAGCAUCAGACCAGGGUAGUGGUGAGAGCCAUCUUGCCCCCCCCCCCAAGCCAGCUGUCCAUCCACUCUGAGGGAAAUAUGUGGGAAUGUUCAGGGUGGCAGGAGAGGAUAUAUUGUUUAUUGAUAUCCUUCGUAACUUGCGCUAGCAAGUUCCUUUAUGUAGCAGAAUUACAUUCCCCCUUUUUUAUAUGCACAGCAGAUAGCUGGUUGCAGGCUUGUGUGAGCCUCUCACUAUUGCACAAUUCAAUCUGAUACAGAUUGAAUUGUACAUUCUUGGUAAUCCCCUUGAAUCCCUCUUUAAAGAAUACAGUAAAGAUGCCACAAUCUUAUUCAAAGUCAAUAAAAGAAGCUUAUUCGUAUCAGUUCACAGUUGGAUUCCUGAAGGCAGACUUACCGUAUUUUUUGCACCAUAACACUCACAUUUUUCCUCCUAGAAAGUAAGGGGAAAUGUCUGUGCGUGUUAUGGAGCGAAUGCCUACGGGUGGCGGGAGGAUCUGCUGCAGUCGUGAGCAGAGGAUCCAUGGUUCCCCUUCCUUCCCUCCUCCAUGGCUCGCUUUGAAACAGCAAAGCGGGAGAAGAGCCACUGAGUGGGGAGGAGAGAGGGACAGAGAGCCUGCUUGCUUUAAGGGAGCAAAGCGGGAGAGGAGAGGAGCCUUCUCCCCUUAUACCCCUCUUCUUCAUUAUUAGCAGCAUCCUUCUCCACCCACCCCACGCGUGCUCCUUGUCCCUUGAGUGCUUUUCCUUCCCUCCCCACUUAAAACGUGGUUACAAAGCACGGAUCCACAUGGAUCCUCAGGAUCUUUGCAUUGGGUCACCCCAAAUUCACCAUCAGAUCACAUAGCAUGUCCAUGGCUACAGCCUGCACCAAAAAAAUCACGCACCCACUGUUGCCUGGGGCCGCAGUGGUGCAAAAACGUGGUUACAAAGCAUGGAUCCACAUGGAUCCUCAGGAUAUUGCAUUGGGCUACUCCAAACUCACUGUCAGAUCACAUGUCUGUGGCCACAGCAUGAACCACAAAAAUCAUACAUCCACUGUUUCGUUUAGAAUUUUUUUUUUCUUGUUUUCCUCCUCUAAAAACUACGUGCGUGUUAUGAUCUGGUGCGUGUUAUAGAGCGAAAAAUACGGUAGUUACAAAUAUGUACAUGUGGAUCUACCCCAUAUGGGGGAAUAAUCCCAAUGCUUCUGCUAGCUGAGAGCUAGCAGAGCAGACCUGGCUAGAAGCUGGUCAAACGAAGAAGGAAGUAAAAAGAAAAAAAAGGAGGUGUGCUGCUUGACUAGUCCUUUUGUUACCUGGACAGGUUAGGUCAUGCCCACCUUCUAUCGCAUGCAAAAGGAAGGAUGCUCCAGCCAGGAGGAACAGGAAGUUGCGACUGGCUGGACCAAACAUUCCCUCGCAUGUCUUCUCUAGCAUUACAAGGAAUGUUGUACUUGACUGCCUCUCAUGGAUCACAUCCCACAAAAUAAACAUAAAGGGGAGGUAAGAAAUACAUGUUUAAUGUACCUCCCUCACACUUUAGAUCCUGAAAACCAGACUCUCACCAAAGAAUUACCUCCACCAGAGUGUCCACACUCUCCCUCUUGUGUGAAAACACUACUUAAGAUUAGUCAAAGGUAUGGUUUCAAAUUGGAUUGGGAAUGGCCUAUUGAGAUUCCUGGAUUGCAGGACAGUGGUGCUCAGGAUCCUUUCCAAAUCGGCAAUUCCUUGAUUUUACAGUUCUAUGAAAGUCUGCACAUGACAUGUCAUCAAAUAUGACUUUGAAGAAGCGUGAUAGAAGAGAAAGGGAAACCUUUUUACUUGAGAGAAUCACCUCUCACAUAUGCCACUUGACUGCUUUGAUCUGUAGAACUGGCCGUGCUGUGUGUGCCUCAUAAUAUUCAUUAUGCACCCGCAAGAAAUCCGUCUUUCAUCGUGGCGGCGUCUACCCUUUGGAAUUCCCAUUUCUCUUAGACAACUAGAGUUGGAAGGGACCCUGAGGAUCAUCUAUAGUCCAGCUCACUGCUAUGCAGCUGCCCCAGAUGGGGAUCAAACCGGCAACCUUGGCAUUAUCAGCACCAUACUCUAACAAAUGGAGCUAUAUCAUAAUUCUGUAUCCUGUACCAUCUUUGUGUUUUGUUUCAGAGUGAGUGGGGUUAACCCUAAAAUUAGUACCUAAAAAAGACCCCCAAAAAAGAAAAUGGUGCUCUUUUGAUUUUUUUUAGCAAGAGUAGUUGUCAGCUAAAGGUUUAGCUACUCCUCCUAACAUUCUCUCCUCCACAAUUAGAAAUAUUUGAGAUUUUUACAUUAUAUCUGAUAAUGCACACAUCUACCAAUUUAGCAGUCUUCACAGAGAUCUUGUUUCAGCUUUGUUUUCACACACACACACAGAGAGAUUUGCACACAUCCGCCUCUUUUGAAAUCCCUUGCAGUGAACUUGCCAGUAGGAAGGGAAACCCAACAAACAGUGGAAACCACAGCAUCCUUUCCCUUCAUUCUGGACACCAUUUGCAUAUUGGUCAUAUGCAUAGCUGUCAACCAUCCCUUAUUUGGCAGGAAAGUCCCUUAUCCCAGCGCUGUGUCCCACUGCUGUCCCUUAUUGAUGAUGUCCCUUAAAUUUCCCGGGUUUCAAAGGAAGCAGCUCCUCUCCCUCCCUCCCUGCCGGCCAGGGAGGAGGGAGGCUCCAACUGUGUUGCUUGGCUGCGUUGCUCACCCAAUAAGGAGUCUAAGAACGACUGGGGGGUGGAGCUUGCAUGCCUUGUGCCGAUCAAAUCAGCCGCGUUGCCUGAGGAAUCACCUUUGCUCAGCACUUCCCAACAGAGAGGUGACGGUGGUUUUCCUUGCUGCAUCCCCUUUGCCGGGUUGCUGCGCUGUGGGAACUACCGCUUGAGGCUUUGUUUGGCUGCUGGCUGGGCUUUCUGCCUUUGGCUCGGAGGGGCUCAGAAGUUGAACAUACCUGUGCUUGGAAAAUCCCUUAUUUUGGCUGCUGAUGCCUUAUUUUCGAGGCUGCUGGUCCUUUAUUUUCAAAUCUGUAAGUUGACAGCUAUGGUCAUAUUUUGCUAAGGAAGUGUCACCAAAUGUUUUAAUUUCCCAAGGGAGGGUGGUGCACUGGGCAAUCAAAGGGCUGAGUGCAUGAGUCCCAUUGUGCUUUGUUGCAGGCUCCCACCAUCCCAUAUCUGGGCACCUUUUUAACUGACCUGAUCAUGCUGGACACAGCACUACCAGAUUUUGUGGAGGUGAGCAUCUUGGGGAAGAAGAAGUGGUACGAGAACAUCCCUUGUCCUCUUCAGGGCGGCUGAGCAUCCUCUGGCAAAUGACUUCCUGUUGAUCUCUGGCCAUUUGGGUUGGGCAGGUGUUCCAGAUCAACCCUUCAGGAUGGUUCGGGGGUCACGUAACCACUGGUGGAGGAAGGGGGUGCGGUGGGGGUGGCUCGCGCCAGGUGUCAUCCCUGAGGGGGGGUGACAUCGCUGUGCCACCCCCCUGAGAUGCUCACCACACACCCCUGCAGCACCCCCUUGGGACACUUGCCCUGCCCCUGCAGGCAGCUAGCUCCGCCCCUGCAGGUGGUUAGCUCCGCCCCUGCAGGUGGCUAGCCCCGCCCCCAGGUGCACAGCAUCUGCACAAAACUCAGUUUGUUCAGUGAAUGAAGCCUUUGUCUCCUCCUCUGGGGUUUCCAGUACUUUUUUCUGGGGGUACUUAAGGGUAAGGGGGGAACACCACAGAGCCUAGGACUUGCCGAUCAGAAGGUCGGCAGUUUGAAUCCCCGUGAGGGGUGAGCUCCUGUUGCUUGGUCCCUGCUCCUGCCAACCUAGCAGUUCGAAAGCACGUCAAAGUGCAAGUAGAUAAAUAGGUACCACUCCGGUGGGAAGGUAAUCGGCGUUUCCGUGCCUCUCUGGUUUGCCGGAAGUGGCUUAGUCAUGCUGGCCACAUGACCCGGAAGCUGUACGCCGGCUCCCUCGGCCAAUAAAGCGGGAUGGGCGCCGCAACCCCAGAGUCGGUCACAACUGGACCUAAUGGUCAGGGGUCCCUUUACCUUUAAGGGUAAGGGAGUACUGGCACUCCCCCCCCCCAUUAAAAGUGUGACACUUACUGUAAUAACUUCAUGGUGCGUACCAGCACCUUUUUUCUAUAAACAAAAAAGCACUCAGGCUUUUCAAAGGCUGGCAGCCACGUGGGGCAGAGGUUUUCAACCUUUUUGAGUCCACAGCUCCCUUGACCAACUCCGUUGGUCCCUGUGGGGCUCCGUUGGAACCCUGUGGGGCUCAAGAGCCCAGUUAUGCCACCCCUUGCCUGCAGAGCUGGCAGCCUCUCACCAUUUUCCAAACACCCUCCGUUAUAGAGUGUUCCUUCAUCCUCCUCUCCUCUCUCCUUGGGAGUCCUCAGGGCAGCUGCUGCCGCUGCCGCUACCUCCCCUGGUCUCUGAGCUGUGCCCCCUGCCCCAAAGAGAGGCAUCUCUUCACACUGCCCCAUAGGAGCCUGGGAAGCACCUCCUGGGCAGCCCCAGAGGCACCAUUCACUUGGGGAGCUUGUAGCCAGGGCAGCUGCAACAAACAGCUGUACAAGCCUUUGGGAGGCAGCGAUGUGAAAGGGCAUCAGAGGAGGGAGGGAAGGAAAGAGGGACAGAGGUCAGUGUUGCCAGUGGCACCCCUGACCAUCUUUCAAGGCAUCCCAGGGUGCCCCUGUUUGAAAACCACUGAUGUAGGGUGAUUCAAACAUCCCUGCAGUGUGGUUUGUGUCUCCUAGUGUUGCUCACAAUCCCUGUCUUAUUUUUCAAUCCCACAGAGCAACCUCAUUAACUUUGAGAAGAGGCGCAAGGUAAAUCCAAGGUGGAAAAGCUGGAGGGGGGUGGGUGGGAUUCUGCAUCUCUUAGCUCAUUGCCCAGAGCUGGGAAUGGAGAGGAAUGAUAGGAUGUGGAACUGGGAGGAAGAGCACUGCCUUUCAAACCACAGGAAUGCAAAAUGUGGCUCCACCGCCCACCUCACUGCUAUGUCUUUUCCCUCCCAGGAAGCAGUGAUCCUCUCCUGGAUCUGCCAGCUGCAGGAUUCAUGUCAAGAGUACCAUCUUUGUCCAAACCCAUCAUUCCGUCUUGCCUUUCACCAGCACCAGCAGCUCUCUGAGGAGCAGAGGUAGGAAAAGGUGUUGGGUUCUCUGCCAAGGAAGAGAAUGGUUGAUAGUGGGCCAACUAAAUAAAUGCACAAGCAGAAUGACUACUGCUUGUGCAAUAGGACUCUCCCUCUUUCCCUCUUGCUGAUCUGCUCUGGAGGAUUGAGUCCCGUUGCACAAGUGUAAGUUGUUCCAGUUGUGCAAAGUGCUACUUACUCCUGCAGUGAUUACAACCUAGGCUCUUGCUGUUGAAAGGCUCUAGUUAGGAGCGUUAUCAAUUGCACCACUUCAGAGUUCAAUCGGAGCGUCUUAAAUUAAGGCCCAAAGUCCACAUUACGAGUGUCCUUGGAGUUGACCACUUUCUCCUUCAUUCCAUUAAAAGUAACUUUGCGCAACCCUUUGCUGGAACAUGACCACUGUAUGUGGUGAUUGAGUUAAUUGUUUCCUCCCUGGACCAUUUCCCCCCCUGCUAAAAAUCAUCCCACCAGUCCACUAUUUGCUGUUUACUGUAAAUAGCACCUUUUUGCAGAGGAGGUGUGUUUUUAAUGGGAAAAUGCUAUGAGGAAGGAAGGGUUAACUCCCUCAUCCCCACACACUGUGUUUCCAGUCCAGACCAGUGCCGCAGUGCAGCUGCUUCUACUGGAAAAGAAAGUUUCCAGUUCUGAGCAAGUUUGUAAAAUCUUUCAAUAAAGAUAUCUUUAAUAAUUUGCACACAGUGCCUCCCUGUCUCCCGCAUUCCGCACCAGAGCGAGAGCCAGGUAUCAAGACGAACCAUGAAUGAAGGUCUUUCCUCCCUGUCCCUGGGGGGAAUUUGCAAGGAUAAUUACCCUCCUUGUUUUUUCUUCGCUAACAAUCUCCUGCUGUCAUGGGAGCUUUCUCCAUUAAGGCAGACAGGAACCGGAAGCCUUAUUUUCUAAACAAAGAAACAAACAUGUGUAUUUAACAUUAAGUCCAUUUGGUCCUGUGGAUUUUAUUUGGGGAGCUAAAUAAUUAACUGAUUGCAUUUAUAUCUCACCUUUUCCUCCAAGGAGCUCAAGGUGAUGUACAUGGCUCUCCCCUAUCUGGUUUAAUCCUCACAGCAACCCUGUGAGGUAGGUUAGGCAGAGAGGCAGUGACUGGUGAGCUUCAUAGCCAAGUGGGCAUUUGAACCCUGGUCUCCCACAUCCUAGUCAGACACUCUAACCACUGCGCCACACUGGCUCCUGGUAUCUCCAAAAUGCUGUGGUGACAGAGUGGGUUAGGGAAUGUCAUCUAUCUCCUAUAGCAAACCUGUUUCCCCACCGGGAUAGCAACUCUUCACUUCUCAGAUACCUAAAAAUGCACAGGGAAUGUGCACUAGUCCUCCCCUCCCUCUGCGCCCAAGUUCAAGAGCAAGAACAAUCUCCCAUCUAAAUCCAUUCCCCCAAAGUUCACACUGUGGGUUACACAGCUAAUUAUUCAUUUAUUGUUAUUCAUUUAUUUAUGCCCUGCCUUUUCCCCCUGAUGGGACUCAAGGCAGCUUACAGAUAAAAAUAAGAACCACUAAGAAUAAAGAAAAACACACACACACAAACACACAUCCCACAUACCAAUAAUUACAAUUAUAAACAGCAUGGCAACAGUCCUUUCCUUAAAAGUACUCAGCUCCCAACAACCUGUUGGAAAACAAAGGUCUUCACGACCUGACAGGAGGACGACAAGGAGGGAGCCAGUCUGGCUUCUCCAGGGAGGGAGUUGUCUGGAGGCAGCCACCACCGAGAAGGCCCUCUCCCAUGUCCCCACCAAGCGUGCCUGAGACGGUGGCGGGUCCGAGAGAAGCUAAAAGUAUGGGAAGAGAGAAAGUCAACUUUUUUUCUGGCCUUCCUGCAGUCCCACCCCCAAACCAGGCUGCAUAACUGUGAGGGUGGCACAAGGCAGAUGCCAAGGGAAAGAGCCAAGCAUGCCCUUUUUGAGAAAUUGCAGGGCAGCAGGGUGUCAGAAGCGACAGCCGAACAGAGACACACCAACAGAGAAGAAUGGGAGGCCAUGCUUGGGGGGAUAUAGCCCAUGCUUCUACUCUCCUCCCUCUGCAGCUACCGGAUUUCCCGUGUGAUUGAGCCACCAGCCGACUCCUGUCCCAACUCGCCGAAGCUGCAUCGCAGCUUGACCAAGCGCUUCAGUUCGUAAGUCAGCCUUUGUGUUCCGCGAGGGGGCACGCUUCCUGUGGCUGCUCCUUGGGGGCGGCCCAUCCCGUUUCGCCACCCAAGGCAAGAUGGGAAGGUGCUCCCUCCUGCCAAAGCCUCGCUUGCCGGGGUCACAUGGGAUUCUGCUGCCCAAGGCAGGUGCCUCAGUCCGCCUCAUGGGUGGGCCGGCCCCGCUGCUCCUUCCCUGCCCCUUUCUCCUUCGUGCCCCCUGCUCCUACCCUGCCGUGCUUGGGACAAACUUCCCUUCUGUCCGAUGACCUUCGGCCUCCUGGAGAACCCCGUUCUGUGUUGUUGUUUUUUGAGGCAGAGGAAGUGAAGCUGGAGAGAUUGGGCAUUGCCUCCCACUAGGCCUGGUCUGCCUCUGAAAAAUCGCAUCCCCUGGCAUGAUUACACUUUUGCAGUUGGGCUGCCCUUGGGUUAAAAACCAGCCUGGCAGCCUUCUUGGCUGAGGUUCCUCAUUCCUGAUCUAGAAGAAUGGCUGCUUUACCUAAGGGAAGGGAUCACUCACCUCCCUCCCCAAAGCAGCUAUGUUUUUCUGACAAGGUUAUUGCAUCUUGAACAGCUGUCAGGCAAACAAAUCUUUUCCUGGCCUACAGGUACACUACUGCAUACCCUCCAAGUGUCCUGAUUUUCCAGGGACAGUCCCAUAAUUAUGAAAGCCAUCCUGACUUAUAUGAUUUGAUCGUAGAUUUUCUUUUUGUAAAUCUUCCAAAGAAUAAAAUAAAAUAGGGAUGAAGGGGUUUUCUCAGGGCAGCAGAUGGUGUGUGUCCUGUUGGUGUGGUGUUGAUAGCACUUGCCCUUCUUCUCGUAGGAAAUGCUUUUUUUGGGGGGGAGAAGAUGACUAAAAAUGGGGGGUCGAGAACGGUCUGUUGCGGGCAGUGAGAACUGUCCCUAUUUUCAUCUGAGGAAUGUUGGAGGGGUAUGCUGUUGGAGAAAGCAUCGCCUGCUCAAUUCCCCUUCGCUGCGUAGCUACACAUGACCUAGGAGUCCCAAGUAAAAGAAAUAAAAGUUGGCAACCUGAUUUUUCCCAAGAGUUCAGAGCACCCAAGUUGAGAGGCAGUGCAAUGGCCGAGGCCACACUGUGAGUGUAUGGCAAUGGAUGGAUCUGCUGGUCCAUGCAAGCCCAAGAUUUAUAUUAUUAUUGUGUUCAGUGUCAUGUGUAUUGGUGAUGAAAGAGAGAUUUGUUCUGUAGGAGGCAUAAAUGGUUCCUUUCUUCCAUAUUUAUCCUUACAACAAUCUUGCAAGGCAAGCUAUGCUUGGGUUGUCAGGAGUUCAGCCUACACUCGAGUAGGACCCUGGCAGAGACACAUGUGCGACUGGCAUGUUUCCUCCCUCCUGGUCGAUCGUUCGGGAGCUUCAUAAGCUUUCUUCAGCCCAAACAUCACAGCGACCGAUGCCAACCGGCACCGGCACACUUAGGGAUCCGCAGAGUUUGCGCAGUUCAUGCGUAACAGACCUCAGCAACUCAGUAUUUUGGCUAAUCUACUUUAUUUACAUAUAAACACACACGGAGCACUGCAACAUGGCUCCCUCUCUCUCUAGCAUCAGACAGCAAAGAGAAAAAGACAAUAGUCCCACUUCACGGAACACAGUAACACAAACAUCCUGUCUCCGUCACUUCCCACUUUGUGGAGUCAAAACAUAUACCGCCAUGUGAUAGACAACAAUCUCAUGACUGCAAUCAUGGAGCGGGAAUUCUAACAUGGGUAUGCUGACUGGCCCAAGGUCACCAAAUGAAUAUCAUGGUGAAGUAGGGAUAUGACCCUGGAGCUCUUGUCUGAUACAUAACUAACCACUACCUGACAGUGAUGCUCCAACACCUGAGUCACUGUCUCUGCUCUUCCUUUGCAGACUUCUCCUGGGCUCAGAAGCCUCUGCUGCUUCCCCAAGCCCUGAGAAGCCCGGAAUUUCACCUCUGGGCUCCUGCAGCAGCCUUUCCUCUGAAGAUACGCCUAGCACCCCUUGUUCACCAACUCGGGGACUCCCCACUAGCAAGGUAGCUUAUUUUUCUUUAUAAAACCGUUUCUGUCCCGUUCUCUUGGUCCCUGAAACAAUUCACAAUCUUAGAAGAUCUCGUUAUGUGACCGAGACAGCUAACAAGGGCAUAACAUAAAAUGCAGAAGUCUGUAUGUUGCUAUAAAACAGAAAGGGAGAAAAUAAUCAACACAAAUCAAAUGCCUGUCAAAAUAAAACAGCUGUGACAGAGCAUCUCAAAAGGGAGCAGCAGAGUCUCUUUGGGGAGGGGCCUCCACAGCCUGGGUGCCCACACCCAAAAGGCCUGCACUUGCAUCACUGCCAGUUGCACCCGUGAUGGUGGUGAAAUAUGGAGCAGAGCAAGGGGCAAGCAGCAGAAGGCAAAUUCUCUUGGGGAUUCGUAAUGCAGUUGCCACAGAGAGUGCAAAGAGAUGGCAUCGCUGAAGGAGCGUCUCCACCCUCAUCGUUCUGCCCGGACGCUGAGGUCCAGCUCUGAGGGCCUUGUGGUGGUUCCCUUGCUGCGAGAAGCCAAGUUACAGGGAACCAGGCAGAGGGCCUUCUCAGUAGUGGCACCCGCCCUGUGGAACGCCCUCCCACCACAUGUCAAAGAGAAAAACAACUAUCAGACUUUUAGAAGACAUCUGAAGGCAGCCCUGUUUAAGGAAGCUUUUAAUGUUUAACAGACCAUUGUAUUUUAAUAUUUUGUUGGAAGCCGCCCAGAGUGGCUGGGGUGACCAGAUGGGCGGGGUAUAAAUUAUUAUUAUUAUUAUUAUUAUUAUUAUUAGUGUGGUAGGCUGGUUUCAUUUCUAGCCAAAAAUGAGCCAAUCAAAGCAACACAUGUGAAAUGAAUAGAUAUUAAAAGCUAUCAUUAUAAUACAAGAAUGGUGUACAGUGGUACCUCGUGCUACGGAUGGGAUCCGUUCCUGAGGCCCGUCCGUAACGUGAAAAGUCCGCAACUCGAAGUACCGUGUCUGCGCAGAUGUGCGGCACGAUUUGCCGCUUCUGCACAGGUGCGAGCAGCGAAACCCGGAAGUAACCCAUUUCAGUACUUCCGGGUUGCCGCGAGACGCAAGAUGAAAGCACGCAACCUGAAGCGGACGCAACAUGAGGUAUGACUGUAAUAAUUUACCAGUCAUUUUUUACACCUGUGGCUGAAAAAAAAUGGUAUGAUUGAGCAAUAAAGACAAGAUUUAGGGAAGUCUCCGUCCCACUCUCCCACCCCCAGCUCACUUUAGCAAUAUAAAAUGUUGGGAUGCAUCCUGGUGCAAGUUCAUGCCAUCCAACUUUUGAGAGCCAAAACUAGGAUUUGCAUCUUCUGGGAUGUGCUCCCAGGCAAGACAUGUGACCCAUGCCUCACUCCCAGAUAAAGUGUUGUGUUUUUUUGAGGGGGGGGAGUGAAAUUGCAGCACCCAAAAUGGCCUCUGUGCUCUCGUGCAAAAGAUGGGAUGUCCAGGGCACUUGGUAGGUAUUCCAGCUUGCAUCAAAUGCCCUUGAUGGAGCCACUGAUUAGUACAGUACUUCACUUCUGGGACUGGUUCUGGGGUGUUUAGACUCUAAACAGACAUAGUGAGAUUCUCGUCUCUGACAGCUGGGAAGAGCAGAUCUCUAGAUAUAUGUAUUUUGUAAAUAAAUACCUUUUCAGUGUGUCGGGGGGGGAUAUUGGUUUGUUUUGCGCGUUCAUUUUGCAUUUUUAUGCUGUGAACCACCCUAUGGAUCUUAGGAUGAAGGGCAGUACAGUGGUACCUCAGGUUGCAUACGCUUCAGGUUACAGACUCCGCUAACCCAGAAAUAGUGCUUCAGGUUAAGAACUUUGCUUCAGGAUGAGAACAGAAAUCGGGCUCCGGCGGCGCAGCAGCAGCAGGAGGCCCCAUUAGCUAAAGUGGUGCUUCAGGUUAAGAACAGUUUCAGGUUAAGAACGGACCUCCGGAACGAAUUAAGUACUUAACCCGAGGUACCACUGUAUACAAUUUUGAUAGAUGGAUGGUAGAUAGGUAGAUGAUAGAUAGAUAGAUGAUUGAUAGAUAGAUAGAUAGAUAGAUAGAUAGAUAGAUAGACAGACAGACAACACACCUCCCAUGACAUCCUGUUUCCUCCACACACUACUGCCUCUGUUCCCCUCAGUAGGGUCCCCUAUCACCCCCACUUGUCUCCUCCUCCUCUGGGGAGUAGCAGGAAUCAUUCUAUGGGCUGUGCCUUCCAAAGGCUGCUUGGAGUGUUCUGAGGUCUGCUUCUAUCCUUGAGUCUUCCCCUCUUGUUUAUUGGAGCUUAUUUUGAUAUUGUUGGAUAGGCCGGCCCUGAAGACCAGUCAUGCUUUCACCUUGGGUCACCAAAAGUGGUUGAACUACAACUCCGAUCAUCCCUAGCCCCAGAGCUAGAGGUCAGGGUUGAUGGGAGCUGUCAUCUAAUGACAUCUGGUAACCCACGGAGAGCCAGCUUUCAUUUAGCACCGAUGUGCAUAUCAGCAAGUAAAGUGGCAGAAACUUCUGAGCAAGAUGUUUUGAUGGUGUUGGUGGCCAGAGAGGUAAUGGAAAUGUGGGGCGGAAAGGGAGGGAGGGAGUCAGAACUCACGGAUUCAUCUCCUGGUCCCCUUUUUGGUUGUCUUUUCCUGACCAGAAUCUAUCUGUACCGCAGCUAAGGCCCUGCCUUCCGCUGGAGCAGCCCCCGCCGUCUCCCAUCUUCAAGCAACGAGGGACAGAGUCGCGCAUCAUCCGCGUCAGCAUGGGUGAUGUUCAUGGCAACGGCAACCUGUAUCGCAGCAUUGUGGUGAGUGGACAAAGGGAUGCAAGCUGCCAGGAACAUCUGGACAUGACUGGAUGGUGUGCAUCAUGUCUCCGUGUGGGGAUGAAGAUUUCUGGGCAGGGGAGGAGCGCAUAGAGGCCCUGCACAGUGAGGGCAACAGCGCUGCUACAGCAGCAUGGGCAAAGUCCCAGAGGAGCAGGUAGCGACACAAUGGGGGGGGCAGGGCAAGGGUCAGAUCCACCACCUGAGGCAAACAGUGUCAUAGUCCUGUGCUGCCAGCCAUGGCAGAGCUCAGUGGAGGGAGAAGCCAGCCAACCAGUUGAGUCUCGGUGGGGGAGUACUUGCCUGGAGGCAGAGUCCAAGGUUAAUAAUAAUAAUAUAUUUAUACCCGCCCAUCUGGCUGGGUUUCCCCAGCCACUCGGGGCGGCUUCCAACAAAAUAUUAAAAUCCAAUAGUCUGUCAAACAUUAAAAGCUUCCCUAAACAGGGCUGCCUUCAGAUGUCUUCUAAAAGUAUGGUGCAGUGGUACUUUGGGUUACAUAUGCUUCAGGUUACAGAUUCUGCUAACCCAGAAAUAGUGCUUCAGGUUAAGAACUUUGCUUCAGGAUAAGAACAGAAAUCGUGCUCUGGCAGCACGGCGGCAGCAGGAGGACCCAUUAGCUAAAGUGGUGCUUCAGGUUAAGAACAGUUUCAGGUUAAGUACGGACCUCUGAAACGAAUUAAGUACUUAACCCGAGGUACCACUGUAGUCCUUUUUCUCUUUGACAUCUGGUGGGAGAGCGGGUGCCACUACUGAGAAGUUCAGUCCAGUCCUAAGGUCAAGAGUGAAGUGUAGGUGGUUUCCCAUGAGGCAAGACGCAGUGAUAACAGCAAGAACAUUUAUUGAUCUACAUAACUGGGAAACAGGGGCAAAGCAACUGCUUAUAUACAUUCCUGAAAGCCUAGGCCACUCCCACUCCCAACAUGAUUGGCUGUCUAAACUUCCAAGCUGCGAAUCGCGACUCAGCGUUCAAGGGCCAAUGGCAGAGGCCCAAAUCCUGAAAUGUUCUAUGAUUGGACAUCAUGUAUUGAAUCAGAACACAGGAGCUCAGAAUCCUUAGUCCAGACUAAGCUCAGGCAAACACAGAAUACAUAACAAGGAGUAUCUCAGUUCACGUAGUCAGACGGUCCAGGGAUCAAGAAAGCCGAGGUCACAAGAAGCAAGAAGCAGCAAGAUCUGGCCAGGAACGACAAAUGCUGUUUCCAGCAACUGCCUGAGGCUGGAAACCCUGCUUAAGAAAACUGGAGCCAAGCUGGUUCUCAUCAGGAGCAAGAAGGCUGAUCAGCAGCAGGUGGAUUCACUUUGCCUUCUGCUCUUCAGGCUACUGCUCAGCAGAUGAAGCCAACUCCUGGCCCAUGACAAAUGGCUUCAUCCCACCUCAUGCGGGUUGGAGCCCAACAAACGCCAAGAAAGCCACACGUACCCCCCCCCCCGGUUUUGUCCGACACUUUUUUGAUUCGGCUAGCAUUAGAUAAGGUAAAGGUAAAGGGACCCCUGACCAUUAGGUCCAGUCAUGGCCGACUUUGGGGUUGCGGCGCUCAUCUCGCUUUAUUGGCCGAGGGAGUCGGCGUACAGCUUCUGGGUCAUGUGGCCAGCAUGCCUAAGCCGCUUCUGGUGAACCAGAGCAGUGCACGGAAACGCCGUUUACCUUCCCACCGGAGCGGUACCUAUUUAUCUACUUGCACGUUGACGUGCUUUUGAACUGCUAGGUUGGCAGGAGCAGGGACCCAGCAACGGGAGCUCACCCCGUCAUGGGGAUUCGAACCGCCGAACUUCUGAUCGGCAAGCCCUAGGCUCUGUGGUUGAAGGCGUUUUCACUACUUUCGUUAAUAUUCUCCCCUGCCCCUCUCUGGACACCUUCUACGUUGUGUUGCCACGUUGCCUGGCCACCCCUGUGCCCUCUUCUGUGGCUCAUAACCGGAUGACUUUCCCCCGCAGAUCACCAGCCAGGAUAAGACCACGGCUGUAGUUCAGCGCGCACUGCAGAAGCACAACUUGGAAGGGCACUCGCUGCACAACUACCGGCUCCUGCAGCUGUUGGGAGAUGGCCAAGGUGAGGAGAGGGAUAAUAAUAAUAAGAAUAUAAUAAUAAUAAUUUAUUAUUUAUACCCCGCCCAUCUGGCUGGGCUUCCCCAGCCACUCUGGGCGGCUUCCAAAACAUAUUAAAAUACUGUAAUACAUCAAACAUUAAAAGCUUCCCUAAACAGGGCUGCCUUCAGAUGUCUUCUAAAAGUCUGGUAGUUGUUGUUCUCUUUGACAUCUGGUGGGAGGGCAUUCCACAGGGUGGGUGCCACUACUGAGAAGGCCCUCUGCCUGGUUCCCUGUAACUUGGCUUCUCGCAGUGAGGGAACCACCAGAAGGCCCUCGGUGCUGGACCUCAGUGUCCGGGCAGAACGAUGGGGGUGGAGAGGCUCCUUCAGAUAUACUGAACCGAGGCCGUUUAGGGCUUUAAAGGUCAGCACUAACACUUUGAAUGGUGCUCGGAAACGUACUGGGAGCCAAUGUAGGUCUUUCAAGACCGGUGUUAUAUGGUCUCGGCAGCCGCUCCCAGUCACCAGUCUAGCUGCCACAUUCUGGAUUAGUUGUAGUUUCCGGGUCACAGGACCCGGAUGGAGGGGAAAACAUUGUUGGCAUCACUCAUGUUCUCUCUCUCUCUUUAUCCUUCAAGAGCUACUGAUCCCCGACGGCGCCAAUGCCUUCUACGCUAUGAACCCCGCUGGCCCCCACGACUUCCUCCUCUGCCCCAAGGAAGGCGCCCCCAACUCCAUUGGGACCAUGCAGCCUGGUAGCAAAACCACACUCCAUGGCACACACAAGGACCGUGGCACCGGAGCUUCAUCGUCUUGCAGUUCUCCACACCUAGGCCCUCCUAGCCUGUCCCCACAUGGCUCACCAUCCCCACAGCUCUGGCUAGCUUCGUGUCUCCUGGCACCCCCAUUUCCAUCUCCUUCCUCCAGGCAGCCACCAAAUGAGCCACCAAACUCUCCUCCUUCCCCCUUGCCUCUUUCUCGCCACUCACCCUUCGGUCCAGCUCCAUCCCAUGUUGUUCUGCCCUCCUCCUCGCAGAGGCCAAAGACUCCUUCUUCUUCAUGCCAGUCGCCCCUUUGCUAUUCCUCGGGGGCAUCCCUUUGGUCAGGGUCCCUCAGUCACUGUGACGUCCCUCGCCUUUCAGCUUCCCAAACUCUAGAAGCUCUGAGCAGUCCUGACCUAGAACUGGGCGCUCAGGGCCACAGCUAAUCUCUCCGAAUAGAGAUGCCUCCCCUACAUGAGACCACACGCAAAUGGCCAGGAAAACUGAGUGCCCCACGAGGGAGCGAUGAUGUUAAUGGAGUGGCCACUGUGAGGUUCCGUAGCUGUGCCCUCCCCAGCCUCCCCUCAGUAAUCCUAGAAUCGUAGAGCCAAGAGAGAUGGGCUUACAGGCCAUUCAGUACAAAACACAACUGAUGCAAGCCAGGUAAGCAGAGCCUUGCCAGUGGAGAUCAGAGGUGCCACAGGGUGCCAGAGUCCUGGUGUUUUGUUUCAUUUCCUCCCCUCUUUUUGAUUUAUGACAUUUGCCACCAGUGACUUUAUUUUUUUAAUAUAAUUUUUUAUUUGAUUUUUUUAAAUUAUAAACAUGUAACAGAAAACAAUUCCGAAUCCAAAUAUUGAGAUUACUGUGAAUCUCCUGACUUCUCCCCAUCCCUUCCAUGGGUCCUAGUAAUCAAAUUUACUACUGCAAAUCAGUACUUAUCCAAAUUUUUCAUCCUCCUAAAUUAUCCAUAUUUUCCAUUACUUUACAAAUGUGGUUAAAAUCCUGCUAAUGUUUUAACCUGCUUACAGUGGUCUCAUAAAUAAAUUAUGAACUUUUCCCAUUCUUUCUUAAA